UUCCCCCGUCUGUGCAGCUUCCGGAUCUUGUACGCCCUGCAACAGAGCACAUUGAACUGGGAGUUGUUGUUUUUAAAAUAUUUAGUACCCUGCAACAAUGUAGUUUUAGAAAGCUUAUGCGAGGUUGCCAUAGCAAUGGAGGACGCGUGCUUUAAAGGUGCUUUUUAUCCGACCGAUGAGGAAGUUGCAAAAUGGAUGGAUCGCGCUUUUGACAUGGCCAAAGAGGCUUUGAACAAUGGGGAAGUUCCGGUGGGAUGUCUGCUGGUCUACAAAGACCAAGUGGUCGGGAAAGGACGGAACGAAGUCAACGAAACCAAAAAUGCCACCCGGCACGCAGAGAUGGUGGCCCUGGAUGAGCUCCUGGAUUGGUGUUGCCAUGGCAACCGGGAUGCGAGGAGCGUGUGCGAGCAGACCGUUUUGUACGUCACAGUAGAGCCGUGCAUCAUGUGCGCCGCUGCGCUCCGCAUUAUGAACAUUCCGGUGGUGGCGUAUGGCUGCAGGAACGAGCGCUUUGGAGGCUGUGGCUCCGUCCUGGAUGUUUCUUCAGCUGAGCUGACUCAUACGGGAAGCUCCUUCAAGUGCGUGACAGGCCACAGAGCGGACGAAGCUGUGGAGAUGUUGAAGAUGUUCUACAAGCAGGAGAACCCCAAUGCCCCCAAACCCAAAACCAGGAAGGAGUGAGACAGAUGAUGUUCUGUUUAUCUUCCGUUUUUUUUCUUCUUACUCUUCAGGAUACUUCUAAUAAAAUCUAAAUAAUCGAGUUGCAUGUUUGAAACGCGAACACUGAAUAUCUUGCCAACAGGGGGCGCAAGCGAUUAACUUUAUUUUGAGCAUGGAACUAAACAAGGCUCUGAACAACUUGAUGGAUUUAUUGUUCAAGUUGAUGACGUGACUCAUCAUUCAAGUUAAAUACAGUAGUUUAGUCAGAACCUGGUCCAUUAAAUAGAGGUUAUGUGUAGAUUCAGCAUCCUAUAAGAUUUUUUUUACCUUCACCAAGCAAAAAACAAACAAACUUGUAACUUGACCUGUUUGGAUGUGUACCAUCUUGCCAAAGCAUCCCCACAAGAAGAAAGGCGUCAUGUAACCUAAUCCAAUAAGUAACCUGUAUUAUGCAACUGGGUCAAUGUGCUGGAUACUCAGUAGCGCCCUCUACAGUUCAAUGUCUCCUCAAGGCUUUGCACUGCACAAGAUGAAAAUGUCAAGAGUUUUGGGAAGGCCUCAUCAGGACUUUUAAUAAGAGUCAGUUGGAGACACACUCCAGUAGUGGGUAGAGUGGCUGGCUUGCAGUCGAAAGGUUCUGGGUUUGAAUCUCAUUUGAUUUCUGACUGGGUUCCGGUCAUCUUUUAUCCAGGGGCUCCCACAUAAAAUGGUGGCGAGGUCCAUCAACAUGCGAGGACGUCAUGACAGAAUAUGACCUUUCGCUUGACAUGUGACUCGGUGUGCUUUCAAGAAGAUUCGUUUUGACGUAUCCGUGUGCGCACUGCUUUGGUGAGAUU